ACCUUUGACCCGGGCGGCUCCCGGUGUGGCGGCGGGUGAGGGGCGCGAUAGGGCGGGCUGGGCCUGGUGGGACGGCUCGGCUCGGCUCGGCUCGGCGGACGGCGGCCCGUUAGCGUCCUGUGUCUGUUUAACGGGAGGGGCCGUGGGCCUGACUGUGGUGACCGGCGGUCGCAGAGGGGCUGCAGCCGCGCCCUGGAGCGUCCGAGGGAGGUCCUGCCGCCCCGCCCCCCGGGGGCCUUCGGCAGCCGGCGGUCCCGGUAGCGCCGCCUGUGCCCGAGCCUCGCUGGGUCGCUCGGCCGGGCCGGGGGGACGGAGCGGGCAGGCGGCGGGGCUUCGGGUCGGGGGUGCCGUCGUCUCCUAGCGCCGUCUGCUCCUCGUUCCUUGGCAUGUCAGCUCCCGCCGUGCCCCCGGAGACGGGGGAGGAGGGCAACACCACCAGCCUGGAGGCUGUGUUACCAGCAGGUGGAAUGCCAAUUCUUCAGUUUGUAGAAGACAGAAUACAGACCACUAUGCUGACCGGGAUUGCAAUUGGAGCUGCAGUUGCAUUACUUCUUAUAGCAAUUGUUGUGUUCGUCGUUUACAGAAGAGUGAGACAGUCUAAACAACUUCAGCCGCACGUGCCUCAGUACAGAUUUCGCAAGCGAGACAAAGUGAUGUUCUACGGGCGGAAGAUCAUGAGAAAGGUUACAACUCUUCCAAACUCUCUGGUUGGGAACACCGUGCCUCGCCAAAGGAUGCGGAAGCGGGCAAAAGUUUUAUCUUUGGCUAAAAGGAUUCUGCGUAUUAAGAAGGAGUGUCCAACCCUGCAGCCAAAAGAACCACCUCCCUCUUUGCUAGAGGCGGAUCUGACUGAAUUUGAUGUAAAGAAUUCCCAUUUGCCAUCGGAAGUCCUAUACAUGCUUAAAAAUGUUAGGGUCCUCGGCCACUUUGAGAAACCUCUUUUCCUGGAACUGUGCAAGCACAUGUUUUUUGUGCAAUUGCAUGAAGGUGAAUACAUCUUCCGCCCCGGGCAGAUGGAUAACAGCAUCUACGUUGUGCAGGACGGCAGGCUGGAAGUUUGCAUUCAAGAAAGUGACGGAACAGAAGUGGUUGUUAAGGAGGUGCUGGCAGGAGACAGCGUCCACAGCCUUCUCAGCAUUCUUGACGUUAUCACGGGUCACCCUGCUCCUUACAAAACGGUCUCAGCCCGAGCAGCCGUUCCCUCCACUAUACUGCGACUUCCAGCAAGUGCCUUCCAAGACGUCUUCCAGAAAUACCCUGAAACUCUUGUUAGAGUGGUACAGAUCAUCAUGGUAAGGCUGCAGAGGGUGACGUUCCUCGCUUUGCACAACUACCUUGGUCUGACGACUGAGCUCUUCAACUGUCAGAGCCAAGCCAUCCCGCUCACCUCUGUGGCAAGUGUCACAUCUGGAGGAAGUUCCAGCAAAGUGGUGAAAAGACAAGUGUCUAAUGUGUCAGAGGAAGAUCGCGGAGAAAAGCUUGAAAAGGCUGGGGAAGCACUGGAAAUAGAUACGUUGAAGGUUUCUGGUACAGAAAACUCUGAGCCUGUUUUCAGAAGAAGCCUUUCUUCACCUCCCUGCGCAGGGUCUGCGGAGGCUUCCAAUAACUCCAGCAGCGCAAAGUCAGACAUGGGCAUGGCGUACGACAGAGCCCGGGUGCACUUCGGCUCGGAGGAGGCGGCCAACGCUCCUGUGGUGGGCAAGUCCAUACUGAAGAAGACUGUGACGGUGACAGAAACUCCUUCAGCAGUUUUCCAUUACAGUGCUGCGCAGGAUUCCUGCAGUAGCAAACACGUUGAUGCCAUCGUCGAAGCAGCAAAGAAAGACCUUUCCACCUUGAUGAAACUUGACGACCCUUUGUUGCUGAAUGGCAAAGUGACGCUGCAUCAGGUUACUGCUGGGACCGUGCUGUCGCGGCAAGGAGAUCAGGAUGUUAAUGUUUGCUUUGUGGUCUCGGGCAUGCUUCACGUGUACCAACGGAAGAUAGACUCGGAGGAGGACACCUGUCUCUUCAUUACCCAUCCCGGAGAGCUCGUGGGCCAGCUCGCCGUCCUGACUGGGGAACCGCUGAUUUUCACCAUCAAGGCCAACCGAGACUGCAGCUUCCUGUCUAUUUCCAAGUCCCAUUUCUAUGAGAUAAUGCGGGAGCAGCCAAGCGUGGUUCUCGGCGUGGCCCACACCGUGGUGAAGAGAAUGUCCCCGUUCGUUAGGCAAAUUGACUUUGCCCUGGAUUGGAUGGAGGUUGAGGCUGGACGAGCUGUUUACAGGCAGGGCGACAAGUCGGACUGCACAUACAUCGUGUUGAAUGGGCGACUGCGCUCGGUCAUACGGAUGGAAGAUGGAAAAAAGCACCUGACGGGUGAAUAUGGGCGAGGAGACCUAAUUGGAGUGGUAGAGGCGUUAACCCAUCAGCCUAGAGCCACGACGGUACACGCAGUCAGAGAUUCGGAACUUGCCAAGCUCCCAGAGGGAGCACUGACAUCCAUCAAACGCAAAUUCCCCCAGGUUGUGACUAGACUUAUUCACUUGCUGGGCGAGAAGAUUCUUGGCAGCCUUCAGCAGGGAGGACACCCUCUUGGAUUGCACAGCUCGGGUAGCAAGUGGGACGCCGGAAACCCUGCCAGCAAUCUCUCCACGGUGGCCAUUAUGCCGGUGUCUGAAGAGGUGCCACUCACGGCUUUUACCCUGGAGCUCAAGCACGCUCUCAGUGCUGUGGAAAGAGAAGAGGCCCGGAAGGGUGCAGGCGGCUGCUCCAGGACGGAGGGAUGGAGGGAUGAUGCCGACAGCAGUCCUACUUUGCUGCUCACCAGUGACAACAUCAAACAGCGACUUGGUUCUGCUGCCCUGGAUAGCAUCCAUGAAUACCGACUAACCAGCUGGCUGGGGCAGCAGGAGGAUAUUCACCGUAUCGUGCUCUACCAGGCAGACAGCACCCUCACCCCCUGGACCCAGCGCUGCAUCCGGCAGGCGGACUGCAUCCUCAUCGUGGGGCUGGGAGACCAGGAACCCACCGUUGGAGAGCUGGAGAGGAUGCUGGAGAACACGGCGGUCCGAGCCCAGAAGCAACUUGUCCUGCUGCAUAAGGAGGAUGGGCCUCUCCCUUCCCGGACCGUGGAAUGGCUCAACAUGCGGAGCUGGUGUUCUGCACAUCUUCACCUCCGCUGCCCACGCAGAGUCUUUUCCAAAAGAAGCCUGCCCAAGCUGAUAGAGAUGUACGAACGCGUAUUCCAGAAGCCACCAGACCGUCACUCCGACUUUUCUCGCCUGGCUCGUGUUCUGACUGGAAAUGCCAUCGCGCUGGUGCUGGGGGGCGGAGGAGCCAGGGGAUGCUCCCAAGUGGGAGUUAUCAGGGCGCUGAUCGAAGCUGGCAUCCCCGUAGAUAUGAUCGGAGGAACGUCCAUCGGUGCUUUCAUGAGUGCCCUGUACGCCGAAGAGCGCAGCUACAAUCAGAUGCGGAUCAAAGCCAGGCAGUGGGCCAUGGUUAUGAACUCAGUGUUUAAGACUUUUCUAGACUUGACAUAUCCAAUAACCUCUAUGUUUUCUGGAGCGGCUUUUAACAGCAGCAUCAACAACAUCUUCAAAGAUAAGCAGAUAGAGGAUCUGUGGAUUCCUUACUUCACCAUCACAACGGAUAUCACUGCCUCAGCCAUGAGGGUCCACACGGACGGCUCUCUCUGGAGGUACGUCCGUGCCAGCAUGUCCCUCUCUGGGUACAUGCCUCCCCUCUGCGACCCCAAGGACGGGCAUCUCCUGAUGGACGGAGGUUACAUCAACAACCUGCCUGCUGAUGUCGCGAGGUCCAUGGGCGCAAAGGUGGUGAUCGCGAUCGACGUGGGGAGCCGGGAUGAGACAGACCUCACCAACUACGGCGACUGCCUGUCGGGCUGGUGGCUGCUCUGGAAGAGGUGGAAUCCACUGGCCGAGAAAGUGAAGGUGCUGAACAUGGCAGAGAUCCAGACGCGGCUCGCGUACGUCUGCUGUGUGCGGCAGCUGGAGAUGGUGAAGAACAGCGAUUACUGCGAGUACAUCCGGCCGCCCAUCGACCGCUACAGAACCCUCGACUUCGGGAAAUUCGAUGAAAUCUGUGAAGUGGGAUAUCAGCACGGGAAAACGGUAUUUAAUGUCUGGUGCAGGAGUGGAGUCCUUGACAAGAUGCUAAAAGACAGGCAAGAGACGUGCAAAUCCAAAACUGAUAACGUGACCUGUCCCACCACCUCUUUUACGGACCUGGCAGAAAUCGUGUCCAGGAUCGAGCCCGUGAAGGCCCCCGUGGCAGACGAUGAGUCAGACUACCAGACUGAGUACGAGGAAGAAAUUCUGGACAACCAGAAGGACGAUUACAUCGAUUUCGUAAGCAACCAGGUUGAAGAAGACUCCGACUCGGAUGAAGACAUGCAGAUAAGAAAGCGCAGGAAUCUCCCCAGUGUGGGCGGCCAGGCGAGCAGCACGGGAGAGCCGGGCUAGCGCUGGGCAGAGCCUGACCUUGCUGGCUGAGAGCUACAACCGUUGGUACUGACAGCAGCCGCGUUUAUCAAACAUUUAAAAAAAAAAAAAAAUCCCCAAACAACGUCUAGUUGAAAUUAAGCAAGCUUUCGUCCUUCUCCGGACAGGGGGAUGGGGCAUUCAGCUGCCAGCACUGAGCACAGGUGUCUGCAUCGCGCCCAAGUCCCUUUGGACCUGCCGCGAAGGGUGGCUGGUGGGUGCCACGCUCCUUCGUCGAGGCGCCAGCGUGAGCGGCCGGUUAUUUAUCCCUCUGGGACUGGUAGAGGGGAAACGUGCUGGGAACGUGCAGUUAAACGCUGCCUUGAUUUUUGCUGCUGUAUUUUCUGGUCGCUGUUUUUACUGCGAAGGCCCAAAGAACAGCGGGGUAUUGUCCCGAUGUGCGCCAAAAAGGUGGGUGGGUGGCAGCAGCAGCGUUGCUUUCUUUUCAUAUGAAUCAGGUAAGGGCGUAAUUAACUCCUCGCUGACUUUCAACCACGAACUUGUGAGCAGUGCUCUGACAGGAAUAAGUCUUGAAUGUAUUUCACUUGAAAUCUAAACCUAAGAAAUCAAUUAACGUGAACGCUAGCUAUAGAGCCCGUAUCCUCAAGCCAUCAGCAGAACAGUUACUGACGGAUCAUGGAGCUGACACUUGCCGGGCAACUCUGGAAUCACGACUUGGCUGUACUUGCCCUGUGAAAUAAAGUUCUUUUGCUGGA